AAAAAUGGAAUCACAGGAAGGAAAGAUGUUAUUAGCUGUGACAUCACAACAGGAGAGGAUGACGCAUUUUCACUGUCGAUAGCUAUUCUCUUCAAAAAAUAAACAGAAGGAACUGCUAAUUGAAUCCAUUCAUUUUCGUGAAAUCUGAAUCGAGAUAGUAAAAUACUUUGCAAUAUUUUCAGUUAGAAGCUGUAUAUUCUUAAAAUUUUUGAACGAACAAUAUGGGAGGUGGAGAUUUGAAUUUAAAAAAGUCUUGGCAUCCUUCUACCUUGAGAAAUAUAGAGCGUGUGUGGAAAGCAGAGCAGAAGCAUGAAGCAGAGAAGCAGAAAAUUGAACAGCUGCAGAAAGAGCUGGCUGAAGAAAGGGCCAGGGAAGAAAUUCAACAAUUUGCAGAAGAUCAAGGAGUGAUUAAAAAAAAGGAAGAGAAAUUAGAUUGGAUGUACCAAGGUCCUGCUGCGAUGGUCAAUCGUGAAGAAUAUUUAAUGGGGCGUAAAAUUGACAAAACUUUUGAAACUCUUCAAAUGAUAGAAAAUGGAGGAGAGUCACAUAAAGAUGAAGGUGCAGAAGAUAGAACCACGUUUAGUUGUCAAAAUCUCACUGGGACUGCUACUGUUGAUUUGGCAAAUAAAAUUAGAGAAGACCCUUUGUUUAACAUCAUGAAGAAGGAAAAAGAAGAGAGAAAAAAUCUUCUGACAAAUCCUGUAAAAAUGAAGCAGCUGCAGCAAUUACUGAAAGCCUCACUUGGUAAUAAAAAGAGCAAAAAAAGCAAAAAGAGCAAAAAGAAGCACCAUGGUAGUGACUCUGAAGAGGAACAGAAGAAGCAUAAGAAACAUCAAAAGUAUGCUUCAUCUGAAUCAGAUGAGGAGAUUUCUUUAUCAAAGAAAAUGAAGAAUAACUUAAAGCAUAAAAUAGCUGACCAAAACAAUUUCUCUUCUGAAAGAAAAAAGCCAAAAUAUGAAGUCAGACAACCUUCAGGUAGUGAGGGAAGACACAAGAGUUCUUAUGUUCCAUCCAGUGAAAGAGAUAAAAACUACAGAUCAAAUGAAGAAAAGAAAUCUCGGCAUCCCACAGAUUACAGAGAGUCUGAAUAUUACUCUUCCAGAGAAUCAUAUCAUCAUUCAUCUAGAGAACCUUACCAUUCUUCUAGAGAGUCAUACAAGAAAUCCUCUAGACAAUUUGAUUUUCAUGCAUCUAAAGAAUCCAAUCUAAGAGAAAGAGAUUCCUACAAAAAUGGUUCAGUUGAUUCUAGAAGCCAUAGUCAUAGCAAAGAUCAGAAAGCAAAAGAAGAGAAAAAAAAAAAACUAAGCAAUGAGGAAAGGGAACGUCUCCUGCAGGAAAUGCAAGAUAAUGCAGUGUGGAGAGAAGAGCAGCGCAAAAGGAACACUCAAAGGUAUAAGGAGGAAGAUGAGAAGGAAGAAAUGAACAGAAUCGACACAUCAGACUUCCUCAAGCCUAUGCUUUCCAAAACUGCCGGCAAGGGGAGCCUUGAAAACCGUAUCAAGCAAAAGAUAUUUACCAUUCAGAGAAGCGAUAGAGCUAUGGAUAAGAAUUUUGCCAGACGUGACUGACCACUUUUUCUUGAAAUCAAUUUUGUAAAUUAUUUGUACAAAAUAAAUUUUAUGCAAGAACA